AUGACAUCUGAAAGGCAAGCAAGUUCAGAAUCCGUCACAGUGGUGGGUGCUGGUAUCAUCGGCCUUGCCUCAGCACUGUUACUUGCUGAAGAAGGGUUCCGGGUUCACGUCGUUGCCCGAGACCUACCCGGAGAUGGUGGGAUCAAUUGGGCUAGUCCAUACGCCGGUGCCACUUUAAUUCCUCCUCCUGAAAUGGGCGAGGAAGAGAUGGCUAAGGAGUCAUAUCGUUGGUAUGAGAAGCUGGCCAAAGAAGAGCCCGGCAGUAGUGUUAGAAUUGCGAAAGCCACCGAAUAUUACACGGACAGGGACACGGAUGAUUCAAUCUGGUAUAAAGACUUUGUUAAAAACUAUGAGCGUGUCCCAGAAUCAAAACUGCCAACAGGCUGCAAAAUUGGAUUCUCAUUUGAGACCUGUCUGGCCAACCCUGACGUGUUUUUACCCUGGCUCAAAUCCAAAUUGGACAAUCUUGGGGUUGAAUUUACCCGCGCUGAGAUCAAGUCUUUAUCUGAAGCAACUGAGUUGACUGGUUCUUCCAUAAUCGUCAAUGCUUCCGGACUAGGUGCCAAAGUUCUGGCGAGUGACGAAGCUGUGGUGGGCUACAGGGGUCAAACCAUGUUUGUGAGGAGCGACUUUGACGAGGUGAUUUUGAUUCAAGGAGCCGAGUACACCUAUAUCAUUCCUCGAAUGUUUUCAGGAGGAGUCGUCAUUGGCGGAGUUAGCCAAGAGAAUGAAUUAGACGGCGCUGUGAAUGUGGAUAUCAGGAAGGACAUCUUGCAACGGAUAAACCGGUUGGGGGUGACACAUGUUGAUGGGGACAAAGAUGUUAUUCGGGAUAUUGUGGGAGUGCGUCCUGGUCGCCAUGGCGGAAUCCGGGUCGAACUGGAAGGAAGAACGGUCCAUGCAUAUGGCUUCAGGGGAGCUGGCUACGUCUAUUCGCUCGGGGCUGCUGCAAAGGUCAAGAGGCUGGUUUUGUCAAUUCUCCAGACGUAG